GCUCAUUUGGAAUGAAUGAAUGAGUCGUCAAUAAAGUAAAAUCCAACAUGGCUUUGCCUUUCAAGCUUUCAUGCACUCUUGCUGGCCACGAAUCUGACGUUCGAGCCGUUGCUGCUGGUUUGUUCCCGGAAGGAUCAAUCAUAACUGCAUCCAGGGAUAGAACAACUAGAUUAUGGGUUCCAUCUUUAAGUGACUCUGAACCUGGCUAUGACGAGGCGCACUGCAUGAGCGGCCACCAGAACUUUGUCUCGUGUGUAUGUGUGCUACCACCAAGUGAGAAGUAUGCUCAAGGUCUCAUUGUCACUGGAAGCAAUGAUAACAAGAUCCAUGCAUACACCCUCGAGAGUCCCCUGCCCGUCUAUGUUCUCACAGGACACAAGAAUGCUGUUUGUGCCCUCGCAGCAGGAAAAUUUGGCACCCUCCUCAGUGGCUCCUGGGAUAUGACGGCCAAAGUCUGGUUGAAUGAAAAGAAUGUGAUGACCUUACAAGGUCAUGAAGCUACCGUGUGGGCAGUAGCCCUCCUGCCCACCCAGGGUUUGAUGCUGACCGGGUCUGCGGACAAGACUAUCAAGAUGUGGAGGGCUGGCCGCUGUGAACGCACUUUCACUGGUCAUACCGACUGUGUCCGAGCACUGGCCAUCCUCUCUGAAGUGGAGUUCCUCUCGGCCAGCAAUGAUGGCUCUGUCCGAAGGUGGCUGACCACCGGCGACUGCGUCCACCAGUACGACGGCCAUGUGGGCUUCAUCUACAGCAUCUCGUUGCUAAACAACGGACAGGACUUUGUGACGUCGAGCGAAGACAGGACGAUGAGGGUAUGGACCGAUGGGCAGUGCAGUCAGACCAUCACCAUGCCUGCUCAGUCCAUAUGGAGCGUGGCUAGCUUACCUAAUGGAGACAUUCUUGUAGGAUCUAGUGAUGGUAUGGCGAGGGUCUUCACCCGGGAGGAAUCCCGCUUUGCGCCGGCCGAGGCCCAGCAGGCUUUCGAGAAGCAAGUAGGAGCCUUUGCCAUGCCCGCCAAGACACAGACCUUCGGUGGUAUCAAAAUGGAGGAUCUCCCUGACAAAUCAGACCUCAACAAACCAGGAACCAAAGAGGGCCAGACCAAACUGAUCCGAACUGGUAAGACGGUGGAGGCCUACCAAUGGAGCUCAGCUGAGAGCAAGUGGUCCAAGAUAGGGGAUGUCGUUGGGACAGAAGGAGAUGAUGUGACCCCAUCGUCAGGCAGGGUUCAUUAUGAAGGAAAGGAAUAUGACUAUGUCUUUGAUGUUGACCUUGAAGAAGGACGUCCUAAUUUAAAGCUACCUUACAACACCUCGGAUGACCCUUGGCUCGCAGCCCAAAAGUUCAUCCACGACAAUGACCUCAGCCAGUACUACCUCGAGCAAGUUGCUAAUUUCAUCAUCCAGAACACCAAAGGAGUGACCCUAGGGUCAGCACCUAGGCCAGACUUUGUGGAUCCAUUCACGGGCGGAUCUCGCUAUGUUCCUGGUAGCCAGGGUGACCCCGCCCUACCAAGUGUAGGAGGAGGGGGAGGAGCAGGGGGACAUGACCCAUUUACUGGGGCUUCCAGUUAUAAACCGGGUGGAUCAGGAGCUGCUGCCAAGCCUCAACCCGCUGCUACGAUGUCAACCAACCAGUACUUCCCCAAGAAAGAUUAUGUAACCUUUGACUCUGCCAAUACACAGGCCAUCUUAGGUAAAAUCACCCAGCUGAACUCAACCGUUGAUGCGUCAUGUCGUCUAGAUGAUACAGCUCUGUCACAUCUAGAAAGCCUCGCAGCGUGUGUGUCCAAUGGUCAGGGAAGCACUCCAACCGGUCAGCAACUGGCUUCCAUGUGGUCUUUACUUCAAUGGCCCCAAGAUCAAGUGUUUCCUGGUUUAGACCUGCUCCGACUGGCCAUCCGUAACCCAGCCGUCAACCAGCAUUUCUGCAACCCCAAGGAUGGUCCUGGUUUCUUAUCCCACCUCUUCAGCCUUGCGGUGAACUCCAGCCCUCCAGCCAAUCACAUGCUUCUUUACAGAACUUUAUGCAAUUGCUUCUCCCAGUCGGAGGGGAAAUCCCUUCUCGUAGCUCAGCGGGAAACCAUAGGUGCCUCCGCCAUGGGGAGCUUGACCAUAGCAAACAAGAACCUACGCAUCGCCGUCGCGACCCUCGCGCUGAACUAUGCCGUCCUCUUGCAUGGUGGAAACGACGUGGAAGCCAAAUCACAGUGCGUUGCCAUGGCAAUCACGCAGCUAGGUCAGGAGAAGGAAUCGGAAGCGCAGUUCCGGCUCCUGGUGUGCCUUGGGACAUUGCUGGCAGGUGAUGAGAACUCACAAGCGAUAGCCAAUUCUUUGGAUGCAUCUGUCUUAGUUAAAGGACUAUUAGGUGUCACGGAUCCUCAGAAGGUUGGUGAUUGUGCCAGACUCGUCAAACAAUUACUACAGUGAUGUGUACCUUUAAAUUCUUUGAACUGUGCAUCCUGCAAUAUGUUUUUGCUCUCAAUCAGAUAUCUGUUUUUUUUUUAAUUAUCCAGGUAAAUAUAUACUAUUUUCUUUCCCAUCACUGACAUGAACCUUUGAUUAUAGCUGGGGCCGUUUCAUAGGACUCUUUCUAAGCUUACGCAAUGCACACGGAAAGUUGUGGCUUAGUGGAUUAGUCUCCAAACCUUGAGACAGAGGGUCGUAGGUUCAAAUCCCAGCAUUCUGUAAUUUCUUUCAACAAUAAAUUGAUCCACAAUGCUCCACUUUCGACCCAGGUGAGGUUUAUGGUUACCAGCAGGAAGUGGUUCUUCAAAAAGCCGUGAGCAGUGGAAUCGAUAGUCAAACAUAGUCAGGGUAAUAUAGGAGCGCCUUGAGCACCUAAUAUGUGCGCUAUACAAAUAACCUAUAAUGUUAUUAUGCCUAUAUAGGGGAAUCCAGUUGAAAAGAUACAGAAGAGAAGCAAGUGCAUACAAGUUUGAACAGAAAUUGACAAAAAAUUUAGAAAAAAUAAAAAGUUUCAAAAAUUUGUUUUAUAUUUUAUUACUCAUCCUAUGGAGAUUCAUAUUUGAUUUGUAAUGUCACUGAAUAUGAUGUAGAGAUCAUUUCCCUGCAUUGCUCCAAUACACAAGUAGACUAAAACAUCUUUUUCAUAGGUUUUAUCAAGUAAUUGUAUAUUUCUUUUAGGAGGAAAUGUUACAAUGCGCUGUCUAUUGUGUAAUUUGUAAUGAUAGCGAUUAUAUAAAAAAUUACUAUAAAUGUUAAAGAUGGAAUUAUGUAUAAUAUCAAAUGUAAGAUUUGUCCCUACAAACCAAAAUUGCCAGUUUGAUGUAGUCUUAGCCAUCUAAAAAGCCACAAGUUUUCUGAUUUCUCUGGAACUUUUGUCAUUCUGAAGUUUCAUUUUCUCAAAUAUGAAUCAUUCAAAAAUGUUGGUAGCGCUCCAGAUAGGGUCCUUCAUUCUUUAUUGAUUGCAUUUGCAAAAGUUAGAAUAUGAAGAUUGACUGAAGUAAUUCGCUUGCUGCAGAGCAAGAGUUUUACCAUAUCUUGUGUGAAAAAAUCUGACAGUUUCAGACAAAAUAGAAGUAAUUGUUAUUCUAAACGCAAAAAAUGACAAUUUAUCCAGGUUUGCCAUGUAAUGUGCCCGACAGCAUUUAACUGGGCCUAAUCGUUGCACAUCUGGAGCAGCUGACCUGCCAUAAACAUACAUUAUGCCUAUCAUAUUGGGAUGGUGUACUUUAUUAUUACAUGAACUUUAUACAUGUAUGGAUACCUUUGUCAAGGCUCCACCCUAACUUUUUUCUUGAUGACCCGAUUGGUCCACCAAAACCAUCAAUUUCAUAUUUUUUUGUGGCCCGCGAAGCAAAUUUAGUGGCCCUAACAAUAGAAAACACUACAAUUUAUCAAACCUUGGUAGCCUGACAGGGCCACCAAUUGUUGGCA